AUGGCUGACAAGGACGGACUGCAAUACAAGCCGCUCAACGUGAAGCUUCACUUACUGAAAAGCCCUCUCAAGGAGGACGACGCCAGCUCGGACACCUUGUCAGUCGGGCUGCAAACCCUCAUCCCAACAGUUGUCAAACCUUGGAGUUACCGGUAUCAGCUGAAAGAGGAGCCUGUUUUUUCGAGAAACAAUGAAGCGACAAACUUGGAAGUGUUUUACGACCUGUUUCUGGCUGCCGCAGCGUUCAUCCUGAUGGUGUCCAGGCUGUGUCUGGCGCUCGAGUACGGCAUGGUCCUUCUCCAUGUCCGUCACUACACCAAAGCAAGAGUUCCGCUGCUUGUUCUGGUGGUCUCCAGCUCAGUGGCCGCAUUUAUUUACUUUGGACUUGCGUUCCUUUUCGACAGAGCGCAUAGUAGCAUCUUUUACAUGUGGUACGGUAUUGCAUUUUUCGAAGUGGCCUCAAAUGCCGUGCUCUCGACCUUCUACUCGAUCCUGAGCUUCCAGGACACACACCUCAUUCGUCGCAUCAGUCUUCUCACCCUCAUCAUUUUUGGCGAGGGUGUUGCUAUUGCAUGCGACUCGGUCACCUCUGUUGUCGAGAGUGGGCACAAUGCCUGGAGUGCGUCUCGUCUACCACGGAUGACUCCGUAUUCCAUUAGAGCCCAGCUGACGAGUGGUGCAGCCCCCAAGACGAUUGGCGUCGUGACUGCGGCUGUCAGCACUAUUUACCUCGUCUUCAUGGUCUACUUUGACUGGAUGUGUCGAUUCCAUCUCCCGCGAUGGCGGCAGCUGGCUUGGACGCUGCUGCAUUUCCCGCUUCACUUGUGCAUGACUCUUUUCAUGGAGGGCGCCGCCCAAUUCAUCGUGGUUUGGAAGAUUGCAGAGGGUGAAUUGAGCCUGCUGACGGGCUUCAACCACAUGGUCAAGACCUCGGCGGUUGUCGAGUUAACAGACAGCCUGUGGAAUUUCACCAGCAACUUUACGAAACAGUACCCAGUCACGCACUGCUGGUCACAGAUCGCCAUCAAUUCAUCUUUCGAUGCCAUGCGUGACAUUGACCUCGUACAGCUCCAGGAGCAUCUGCAGACCGCAAGCCAGGAAGAGAUUGACACGGAUCCAAACCUUGCGGCAUGGGGCCAGGCCGCGGCGGAAGUAAUCCGAACGCUCGACAAUCUUCUUCUCCAGGCAUUCGACAUUGACUUUACGAAAGAAGCGACCAGAGAACACGCGGGAAUCAAGGCGCGAUACAUUGGCGACACGACAGCGCUGAACAUGGAGGUGGGGAAACGCGCAUCCAAGCGGUUCCGCACUCUCUUCCAGUACACCUUUGUGUGCGCCGGCGCCUUUCUCGCGCUGUCCAACGUCCUCUACUGCAUCGCGUACAUGGGGCGAUGGACCCGUUGGGCCAAGGUGAGGGUGACGCUCAACUUUGUCAUCGCGGCGGGCAUCGCCCUCGUGGCGUGUGUGUCGCAAGACGCGGAGUACUUCAACAACUACAACAAGAAACCGUUCGUCUUGAUGACGAUGCUCAUGCCGUACGUUGUCGUCCUCGUGCUGAACCAUCUGCCGCACUCUCUGUCCGUGUUUGGGCUGCCGGGGUUCCCCUGGUGGAAGCGGCUGGGCAGAGAUGUCGAGGUGACGCCGCCGAUGGAGCUGAUUCAGACUACCCAUUAUGACCCCCGCGAGCACUUUUUGGGGCCGCCCGACUCGGUCGUCGUCCUGGGCCAGCCGUACGCCGUGCCGCAGCAGCCGCGGUCGGUGUCGGCGGCACAGGGGCCGUACGAGGCUGUGGAGCAGACUGAAGAGGAUGAGCAGUUCUACCGGGGGUAUCGGCAGGAGCAGUAG